GUAGACGGCACUUUGCUGCUGAGCGGAGCAGCCCAAAAAAAUGCAACUUGGAAUUUUACAGCAAGCAUUGCAAUCGGCUGCAUUCGGCAAUGCGGAAAUAGAUGGACGCUUCAUGCCACUGAGCUUGCAUCCACAGUGUCGGGACGCAGAUCAGAAGCGCUCAGACCAGUAAACAGGAUUGCAGGAUUUAGUGGAGCGCAGCGCAAUUCCACAUUGUGUGUUUGCUUUGGAGAACAGCGGGCACCGUGUUUUGGGAUCGCAAGGAUUUAUUUAAUGUAUGUUUUUUUUUUGUUUGUUUUGUUUUGUUUUGGGUUUGUUUCUUGAAUAAGUGGGUUAUCUGUUUUGGAGAGCAAAACAUUGCUUUGUGACUGUCAAGCGUCAACAUGGACGUGUUAGCAAAUCACAGUAUUUUUCAAGAGCUGCAGCUCGUGCACGACACCGGCUACUUCUCCGCUUUGCCUUCCCUGGAAGAGAACUGGCAGCAGACGUGCCUGGAGCUGGAGCGCUACCUGCAGACGGAGCCCAAGAAGUUCACAGACCCCUUCGAUGAAGACUUGGACUGCCUGUUGACACCUUCCUUCAUGAAGGUUGAAGUCGAGGACCACUUACUGCUCUCGGAGCAGCCCAGCCCCACGGGACUCCUCGUCUCCCAGGACAACGUCCUGCUGAAUGUCCCCUUGAGUGUCCAGACAUCGGACUCCAUGACCAAAGAGGCGUGUGCCGGCACGGGUGGAGGCGUGAACGCAGCCCAGCUCAGCGCAGUCACUUCCCUCACCCCACCCUCCUCCCCCGAGCUCGGCAGACACCUCAUCAAACCCGCGCAGACGCUCACAGCCGCCGCUGACGGCACACUAACACUCAAGCUGGUGGCAAAGAAGAUCGGCACAGGGGCCGCCAAGGUGGUCACUGCAACGAUGCUACCCUCCCCGACAAAGGGGGCGCAGAGUGACGGGGAGCAGGGGGCCGCUGGUGUCAGAACAGCUGAAACUACCCCCGAAAACAAGAAGCGGGUCCAUCGCUGCCAGUUCAAUGGCUGCCGCAAGGUUUACACAAAGAGCUCCCACCUGAAAGCACAUCAGAGGACACACACGGGGGAGAAGCCUUACAAGUGUUCAUGGGAGGGCUGCGAUUGGCGCUUUGCACGGAGCGACGAGUUGACGAGGCACUACAGGAAGCACACUGGAGCCAAACCGUUCAAGUGUAACCACUGUGACAGGUGUUUCUCCCGGUCCGACCAUCUUGCUCUUCACAUGAAGAGACAUAUAUGAGGAAGAACUCUUUUAAUCUAU